ACUUUCGGCACGGCCGCUUCCGGUCCGCGUGGGGGAGGUUCUCGCGCAGCCAGCGGAUUCAGGGCAGGUGUUGGCGCGCUUGCGGUGGGUUUUUCAGCGAGUCGGCCUCCCUUCCCGCCGGAUCAUGGCCACCGACUCGUGGGCCCUGGCAGUGGACGAGCAGGAAGCGGCUGUCAAGUCGAUGAGUAAUUUGCAAAUCAAGGAAGAAAAAGUCAAACCAGAUACCAAUGGUGUUAUUAAAACCAGUGCUACUGCAGAGAAAGCAGAAGAAGAGGAAAAAGAGGACAGAGCUGCCCAGUCCUUACUCAACAAGCUGAUCAGAAGCAACCUUGUGGAUAACACAAACCAGGUGGAAGUCCUGCAGCGAGAUCCAAACUCCCCACUCUACUCAGUGAAGUCUUUUGAGGAGCUUCGGCUGAAACCACAGCUUCUCCAGGGAGUCUAUGCCAUGGGCUUCAAUCGACCAUCCAAGAUACAAGAGAACGCAUUACCCAUGAUGCUUGCUGAGCCCCCACAGAACCUGAUUGCCCAAUCUCAGUCAGGUACUGGUAAAACAGCUGCCUUUGUCCUGGCCAUGCUCAGCCGAGUGGAACCAGCAGAGAGAUACCCUCAGUGUCUGUGCCUCUCCCCAACAUAUGAGCUGGCGCUUCAAACGGGAAAAGUGAUUGAGCAGAUGGGCAAAUUUCAUCCAGAACUAAAGCUUGCUUAUGCUGUUCGAGGCAAUAAAUUGGAAAGAGGUCAGAAAAUCAGUGAGCACAUUGUCAUUGGCACCCCUGGGACUGUUCUGGACUGGUGCUCCAAGCUCAAGUUCAUUGACCCCAAGAAGAUCAAGGUGUUUGUUCUGGAUGAGGCUGACGUGAUGAUAGCUACUCAGGGCCACCAAGAUCAGAGCAUCCGCAUCCAGAGGAUGCUGCCCAAGAACUGCCAGAUGCUGCUUUUCUCUGCCACCUUCGAAGACUCUGUAUGGAAAUUUGCCCAGAAAGUGGUCCCAGAUCCAAACAUCAUCAAACUCAAGCGUGAAGAGGAGACACUGGACACCAUCAAACAGUAUUACGUCCUGUGCAAUAACAGAGAUGAGAAGUUCCAGGCCCUGUGUAACCUCUACGGGGCCAUCACCAUUGCUCAGGCCAUGAUCUUCUGCCAUACCCGUAAAACAGCUAGCUGGCUGGCAGCAGAGCUCUCAAAAGAAGGCCACCAGGUGGCCCUGCUGAGUGGCGAAAUGAUGGUGGAGCAGAGGGCUGCGGUGAUUGAGCGCUUCCGAGAGGGCAAGGAGAAGGUGCUGGUGACCACCAACGUGUGUGCCCGCGGUAUUGAUGUCGAGCAGGUUUCUGUCGUCAUCAACUUUGACCUUCCCGUGGACAAGGACGGGAACCCGGACAACGAGACCUACCUGCACAGGAUCGGGCGCACGGGCCGCUUUGGCAAGAGGGGCCUGGCAGUGAACAUGGUUGACAGCAAGCACAGCAUGAACAUCCUCAACAGAAUCCAGGAGCAUUUUAAUAAGAAAAUAGAAAGAUUGGACACGGAUGAUUUGGACGAGAUUGAGAAGAUAGCCAACUGAGAAGCUCCACCAGUCACCAGUGCCCACGCCUGGCACUCACUCCACCUGCACGGAAGACUAGUGCUUUCACGGCACAGGCCUCGACGUUAUCACAAAGAGGAGGCAGAGGAGAGAGAAACUACCUACCUCAUUUUAAAUUACGUUUGGACUAGACAAAAAUUGUGCAAAUGAUGGGGGAAGGUAGAAAAAAAUUUUGCAUUUUGGAAAAUUUAGUGGUCCCACCCCCGCCCCCACCCUUUUAAGCCAUAGUUUUCCCUAUCUUUAUAAUAAUCUCGUUGCUAUGGGUAAUUGCUGAGCCCAGGAUUCCCUGCUUGUUUUGUUGCUGGGGUGAUAGGACCGUUCUCCAGUUCCUGAAGAAAUGGUAGAUGUAGAGAACAGGAGAGGCUCAACAGUGCAGGCUUGUGAGCCCCACUGCACGGUUGGAGUGUGGGCAACAGAGACGCAUGAGCUCUUCCCCUUCUCUGUCCCUGACCAGAGAGCUGCCACCAAUGUCUCCUGUCCUUGGGGCCAUCCUCCUCCUAAAUCCAGAGAUGUUCUGAUCCCCCUUUACCUCCAUUCUCUGUGCCAGAGGAUGUCCCUGUUUCUCUCUGGGUGAGCAUCUUAGCUACUUCUAUAAACCUUCAGUUUGGAGAGAAACCUGGUCAGUGAAUCUUCAGAGGGAUUGGUCUGACAAGGGUAGAUGAGUCCUUUGAGAAUCUGGGCCUUCCUUUUCCUAUAGUUGCUGUGUCUGCUCAGGCAUUGGUGGUCAUGGCAGCCAGGUGACACCAGGUGAGUUUCUGAUCUUAUCCAUGGGGUGUCACACUGUGCCUAGAGGCAAGCAGCAGAGUUUGGAAGGGAAGUUAUGACCAAGUGAAAACACUGAUAAUGCUCUUUAUCUGUGAUAGUGGACCUAUUGGUUAUUUCAUUCAUCUAUACAAAUAAGGACAGAUAAAUUCGAGCUAUACCCAUCAUUCAUUAUGUUCAGAAAUUUUAAAGUGAUUAUGAAAGGCUUUACUAAUCAUGAUUCAUUUUUAUUUGUAUUUUUCUGCUUAUUAGACUAAUAUAUGCUCAUUGAAAAA